UGUUCAUGACCCACUUUAUAGUGAUGUGGAAUUGUUGUUGGAGCUUAGCAAUAUGGGCAGGUCUGUGUGUAUGCUGUGAUGAGCCCUUGAGUUCUUUUCUCCCCUCUGGCCAGCUGCCCCAGACAAGCAGGGGCUCUGGUGACAGCAGUGGCCUCCAGAAACAGAGAUACAGCAGACCUGCCAUGGCCAGCGCAGCAGACGGCAUUGGGGGAUUGGGAACAGAGCAGAGCCACCUCAGUGUGCCCGUGGCGGACCCUGGCGCUUGGGCCACAGCCAUGAACAACUUGGGCAUCAUGCCCAUGGGCCUAACCGGGCAGCAGCUGGUGUCAGACUCCAUAUGCAUCCAAGGUUUUGACCCCAGCCUGGGAAUUAUCACCCCCAUUAACCCCAUGAUGGCAGGAAUCAGUCUGGUGCCUCCCCCACCUGUGCAGCCUGAGCUACCUGUCAUCAAGGAAAUUAUCCAUUGCAAGAGCUGCACGCUCUUCCCUCAAAACCCCAAUCUCCCACCCCCAUCCACAAGAGAGCGGCCUCCAGGCUGUAAAACAGUUUUCGUUGGUGGACUUCCUGAGAAUGCCAGCGAGGAGAUUAUCCGAGAGGUGUUUGACCAAUGUGGGGAAAUCGUUGCCAUCCGCAAAAGCAAGAAAAACUUCUGCCACAUCCGCUUCAGUGAGGAGUUUAUGGUGGACAAGGCCCUUUAUCUGUCUGGCUACCGGAUGCGCAUCGGCUCCAGCACGGACAAGAAGGAUUCAGGCCGCAUACAUGUGGACUUUGCUCAGGCGAGGGAUGACUUGUACGAGUGGGAGUGCAAACAGAGGUUACUGGCGCGAGAAGAACGUCAUCGGCGUAAAAUCCAGGAGGAUCGUCUGAGACCCCCCUCUCCCCCUCCCGUCAUGCACUAUUCUGAGCACGAGGCGGGCCUGUUGGCUGAAAGACUGAAAGAUGACAACAAGUUCAGCGAGGCAAUAGCUGUGCUGUUCACGUGGAUAGAAAGGGGUGAAGUGAACCGGCGCACCGCCAACCACUUCUACUCCAUGAUCCAAUCGGCCAACAGCCACGUGCGGCGCCUCAUGAACGAGAAGGCCCAGCAUGAAGAGGAGAUGGAACUGGCCAAAGAGCAUUUCAAGAACUCGCUGCUCGCCAUCCUCACACAAUUUGAGCAGAUUACGGCCGUAUUCAGCGCUGCCACCAGACAAAAGGCAUGGGACCAUUUCUCAAAAGCACAGCGCAAGAACAUAGACAUUUGGCGAAAGCAGUGCGAGGAGCUGAGGAAUGCCCACAGUGAGGAGAUAAUGGGAAUCAGGAGGGAAGAAGAAAUGGAGAUGUCAGAUGAGGAAUUGGAAGAAAACCCCUGUAAGAAGAUCCGAAUGGACGACUCAGCUUUGGCUGCGCAGUCAUGCGCCCUGCGAGAGGAAAAUGACAGUCUGCGCUGGCAGCUGGACGCCUACAGGAAUGAGGUGGAGCUGCUGAAGAAAGAGCAGGGCAAAGCCCACCGCUCUGAGGAAGACCACACCCAUGAACAACAGCUCCAUUUCCUCCAGCAGACCAUGCACAGCAUGCAGCAGCAACUCUUGCGGCUCCAGGAGGAACUGAAGAGUAAAGAGCUGGAGCUGGAGCAGGCCCGAGAUGAGCAGCGCUACCUGGAGGGAGAGGUCUUCAGCCUCAGAGAGAAGCUUCUGAACAGUUCAGACUCAGUGGAGGGGACAAACCACACCGCUGAAGCCCCUGAAAAGGGUUUGAAUGGCACUGCAGCGCUUUAUCACCAUCGGGAGAAGAACAAUGAGGCGGUCAUGCGAGGUCCUCUGAGAUCAGAGAAAGAAGCUCUGUUGCUGGGAGUCAUAUCAACCUUCCUCCAUGUCCACCCUUUUGGAGCCAACAUUGAGUAUCUGUGGUCUUACAUCCAGAGGCUCGAUGCAAAGAUCUCAGCCAAUGAGCUGGAGAGGCUCAUGGUGCGGCUGCCCAACAUGUUCAAGCAAGAGUUCAGCGGCGUGGGUGCCACACUGGAGAAACGCUGGAAGUUCUGCGGCUUUGAGGCUCUCAACUCAGCAUGACGAACAGAGCCACAGGCACUGAGGCUGCCGGACCUGCGGGCACUGAGCCUCGGUGACACAUCCAGACACAGCGAGACUGGCCAGAGCCUUAGAAGAACUCAGUAGAGGGUUCUCGCUCCCUGCUGGAUCCGUUUGAGCUGUCACGCCUGCUGCUCUGCUUUACAGACACUGAUGAUGGCAAAGGAAAGAGCGAGGCACUACAUGCAGCACAGAAUCAGGACAGAUGUAUUUACUUGAAGAAGCUCUUUUCAGACUUUGAGCCCUGUUGCAUAACUUUUCCUGUCAACGGCGGAGUCCCUGAAGACUCUGGAAGAUAUCUAGGAAUACAGCACUGCUCAAUUAUAAAUAUGGAAUGUGGAAUAUGGUAAUCUACACUGACACACAGGCGUGUGAUAGUGGCCCCUGUGCACCCAUCAGAAACCAGUGUGUGGGGACGUUCACUGUACUGGACUUUUCUUUAAAACUUGAGCCUCAGUUUCUCCAAAGUAUCGUAGGCUUAAGGUCACUGUUACAGAGAGUGUUCAAAGUGAUACUUUUUCUACAGUCUAUCAGUGCGCGUCUUCGUAAUGGUCUUUUAGGGACCUCAGCCCCGGCCAGUGCUCCUUCAUGGCUAAUGUGCAGCAGCCAAUACUGACCUGUGAAGAGAUUCCUUUCACCACUGUGUGAGAGGGGACUUUUUUCUUUUAUCGUUGUGUAGACAAUGUAUGUAACGUGCAUUCUCUUUGUGUCAUAAUGCACCGUUGUAAUCUUCUCAUGUAAAUUAUGACUUUAUAAAAAUCUAUUAAAAGCUUUUUAUCUGA